CCAUACAGAUAAAUAAAAGAAUAUCACAGAUCACAGAACGCUAAACAAUUGAGUAGUAAUUCAAUGGAAUAUAGUAAAUAAAGACUUUUUGUUCCAUUUUAUGAUAUAGGAUAUUACAAACCGCCAGGGAGACGCAUAAGUUUAAAUUCUGAUAGCUAUAAGUUAAGUCAAAAUGGGCCCAACUAAUUAAUUCUGACGUGGAAGUUAUGUGAGGUUAAAUUUUGGCUCAAAUCAGAAAUUUUUUACCAUUAAAUUACUUGCUUAAAUAAUGUUUGAAUUAACAGAUACCCAAAAAAUUGGUGUGGGAUUGGCUGGUUUUGGGGUUUUCUUCCUAUUUCUGGGAAUGUUGCUGCUUUUUGACAAAAGCUUGUUGGCGUUAGGCAACAUAUUAUUUAUAUCGGGGCUUGCCACAGUUAUUGGAGGCAAACGAACAUUUUUCUUUUUCUUCCAACGACACAAAGUGAAAGGCAGCUUAGCGUUCUUUGGGGGUAUCUUUGUAGUCCUAGCGGGGUGGCCAUUGAUCGGAAUGAUCAUUGAAUGUUAUGGAUUUGCUCUAUUGUUUAGUGGCUUUUUCCCUGUGGCUAUAAACUUUUUAAGGAGAGUGCCUUUAUUAGGUACAUUACUCAAUUUACCAGGAAUAAGUAGAAUAGUUGAUAAAUUGGCUGGAGACUCCAACCGAACGACAGUAUGAACACUAAUGACAUUUUUUUUGUGGUACAAAGUAUGUAGAAACACCUGUAAAACAAACAAAUUUUACAUGUAUUUUGUUACAUCUUUCUGGGAUUGUUUAGCAUAAUUCACUGUUAUGAAUUUUGUAAAUAUUGGCCAUAACUCUUACUUAUUCUUAAGCUCAUUUUUUCACAUACAUUGAAUCAUACACCACAUAGAAUUUCAAAAAUAAAUGUCCUUUGUUAUAAAA